AUGAUAGCUUUAACCGGGCUGCUGUCAUGGGACUCCGGAGAGCACCAGGUAGAUUUGGAGAAAGAGCUUGCCACCCUCACGGCCCAGGCACCCGAGGGGGAGGAAGCCAGAUAUGGAGAGCGUCUGAUCCAGUACGCUUCAGAGAACCUGGUGACGGAGAUCCUGAUCCACCCACAGAUGAACACGCUGAUGCAGUGCAUGAGGAACCUGCUCAGCUCCUUCACACGCCACCGGCACCUCGUGCAUGCUGGAUAUACAUUCGCUGGAAACGGCUCAUGGAUUAUGCAAGAUGGGACAUUCUCCCUCGCUGACUUUACUGAUGCUUACCAAGAGAACGAAGUUCAGCGCGUCAUCCGCGCUUACGAGAACUCGAUCUCCAUUGACAUACACUGCUCCGGCGGGGACUGGCACAAGCUACCAGACAUGCCGUUCGUGAAGCACUGCAAGAUAAGGAUUAACCCCACUGAUAUACUCGACACUGGCUCUCAGGCCAUCAAGGAUUUUGUCACAUACCUGGAACCAUUCAUAGUUCCAGCCAGUUUGGAACAGCUCCUGAUAUCUAGCGAUGUGGUUGGCAACAUUAGAUUCAGUCACCCAACUCUAUACGUGUUCCCUGGUGGUCAAGGAGACGCCGCACUCUUUGGAAUUAACGGAUUUAAUAUGCUCGUUGACGGAGGCUUUUCCCGUAAAGCAUGUUGGUGGGAUUUUGCUCGCCACUUGGAUCGUCUUGACGCUGUCUUAUUCACAAGAAUAAACAAUUGUUCCGUGUCUGGAAUGGCUUCUGUACUGCAUCGGAAAGCCACCGCCAGCGUUUACCCACAAAUCGGACAUUUCUUCUGCAACCUUGAAGAACGUCGAGCGCUGGCUAGUCCAGACGGCGACAAAGACGUGGAUCCUCUACUAGUUUCACUGCUGCAGACAGGCUCCGAUAUGAUGACUGAUCUCAGACACAUUAAUCUUAAGCCCCAACACUGUUAUAGAAGUCCCGAACCAAUAAAUUUAUACCAUAAAGUUGGACAUGGAACGUUAGAUAUGUACGUGCUUAAUCCGUCCAAGGACUCCAAAUAUGUGCGAGAGUUUCUUAAAAAAUGGCAUAAUAGUGAACAAAAGUUAUUUGAAAGUGCAAAAAUAUCAGGACAGUUCAAUUUUCCAAUUCCAAAUUUAGUGUCGAUAUGUGCCCUUUUAGUAUGGCGACCUGCAAAUCCAGACGAUACAAUUACGAGGAUAAUGUUUCCAGGCUCAACGCCCCAACAUAAAAUAUUUGAAGGACUUGAAAAGUUAAAGCAUUUAGAAUUUUUGCAAUAUCCUACAUACACAGGAAGACAGAUGAGUGCUACGGCUCCACCGCCGGCAACAACAACAACAACGGUUCUAAAAUCCACAAAAACAGUUUUAAGUAAAGGUCAGAAAGAAAAAAGCAUAAUCACAGAAAAGAAAGAAGAUAAAAAUAUGGAAUCAGACUCCUCACACAAGUUUAUUAAAGAUGAAACAGAUUCAAAAAAUAUUAUAGAUAACAAACUCUUAAAUGAAUUAGUAGACGGAGAAGAAAAGAAAAUAGAAUCCGUUUUAAAUGAAGCCAUUACUGCUAGAGUUGAUACAAAACUAGACGAUAAAAUUAAUCAAUUUGAAAAUAAUGUAAUAGACAGUAUGUCAAAAAAGAAAGAGGGAAAGAAAAAAAUUAUCGACAAAAAGAUUAAGCGAACUGAAAAGUCGGAUGACGGAAAAGAUACUGCAUUAAAACAGAGUGAGGUAAAACGAUCUGAAAGCGAUAAAAUAAAGUUCGAUUAUAAAAAGAAACAUGAAAGAACGAAACCUGAUAUUACAGCUUCAGUACCAAAGAGUAAAGUGAGUCAAAGAAUACUCCAGAAAACAGUAGAGAAGAAAAGUAUUCCGGAGAAAAAAAAUCUGGUAGAUGAAAAGAAAUCUCCUCCUACAACACCAAAAAAAAUUUCGGAUACAAAAGCAACAACGACGGUAAAAGACAAAAUUAAAGGAAAAAUAAGAAAAUUAAGUCCAGGAAGUACUCCUGCUAAAAGUACAAAAGAAGCAAAUAACAGACGUGUAGCAGAAUCAAAGUACAAACAAGCUUCUCCGAAAAGAGAACCAACGACAAAAUUACCUGAUAAAAAAGAACCAAAACCUAAACGUGAACCGAUUUCCCGUAGACCUAGACCGCUUGGAUCUCCAAUUAAAGGUCUAAAAGCCGUAAAGAGUCCUACAAAAACACUAAAAUCGGUAAAAUCUGACUCUUCAAAAAUAAAAGGCUUACAAAGGGUUAAUUAUGAGGAUAUAUUAAAGGAUGCUAAAAAAUCUGAUGAAGAUACAUCACUUGAUGAUAUUAAACAGCAAGAAUUGGAUGAUAGAGAAGAACAAGAAAUUGUAAGAGAGAUUGAGGCGGUAUUUAAUAGAGAUAGUGAAGCCGAAGAAAAAAUUGAAUAUGUUGGACGGUCUGAUAUUGAAAAAAUAACAUGUUUACUAGAUGACACUAAAACGGAAACAACUGUCGAUGGAGAAUUUGAAGAAGAAUAUCUUAUCAUUGAAAAAGAGGAAGUUGAUCAAUAUACUGAAGAAUCUAUAGCAGACCGUGAAAGUAGUCAUGAAAAAGAAGACGAAUUACAAAAGCAUAAAAAAGAUAAGGAAGAAUCUGAGAAAGAUAAAGUAGGUUCUAUAAAUUUAAGUCUGAAAGAUAAGAAAAUUGAAGAAUUAAUGAAACCAAAAAUAAUGUCAGAAAAAGAAACCAAAGAAUUAGAAUCUAAAGAACAUUCAGUGAGUUUAGAAGAGAAACAAGAUAUAAGUAGUGAAAAGAAGACUGAUAGUAAGAGUGGAAUUACAAAGCCAAAAGAUUCAAUGGAUAAUAUUAUUCACGAAUCUCAUCCAGAUGAAAAAGCUUCUACUACUAUUGAGUCCGGUGCUACCACCGCACCAACCUUACCCGAAGAUGAACGAAUUACUUUAGACGAAAUUAAAGAACAAGUAGAAGAAAAAUAUAUUAAGGAAGAAACAAAGGAAGUAUUUCCUCCUCAAACCCUUGUAGAUUUUCAUCAACCAUUUGAAAAAAGUAAGAAAGUCAUUACUCAGCCUGUGGCUAUUAGAGAUAUUGUAAAAACACCAGAUGAAGUUGCUGAUUUACCUUUACACGAAGAAGUGGACUACCGCACAUACGAAGAGAAGAAAACUCCAAUAGAUGAGGAAUACAAACGAAAGUCAGAUCUUUUAAUCGAUCAUGAAAUACCUAGGGAUUUAGCCCUCCGGGAUAAACACACAAUUGAAUUUUCUAAAGAUAAAAAAGCCAUCUUGGAUGACGUUAUAAUCAAAACUGUUCAACGUCCUUCACACGCUGAACUAGUUACUGUGACUCCAGGCUCAGCGCCAGAAUCACCUAUUUACCAAGACAAAAUAAAUAAGACUAUUUUACCUGGAAAGGAAGAACUAGCGCCUGUUAAAGAAUACGAUGUACAAGAGUAUCCUUAUAGUCAAUAUACUGAAAAGUUAAGGGAAACCCAUAUAACAACUGUCCAUUCUCCCAUAAAGGAUGAAAUUCUCGUAAUGGAGGAAAUUUCGACAAUGCCUGAAAAGAUUCCAUCUAUUCCAGAAGACGUUGAAAAAGAAAUAGAGGAGGCUAGUAAAUUAGAAAAAAUUGAAAAACCUAUCCUUAGUCCAAAAGAUGUUGAAAAAAUUGUGGCUGAUGUAGCUGAAGUCCUAAAAUCCGAUAAAAGUCUUGAUGAACUUAUAGCAGAAAAAUCUCCUAUGCUUAGAAAAUCACCAGAACUAUUUUCUACUUUACAUAUUGCGAGUGAAUCUAUUGAGGCCACUAAAAAGUUUAUUUUUACUGAAAGAGACCACACAGAUAUUAGUAAACAUAAGAAAGAAGGCAGUCCUUUAAGGUCUACGACUUCUGAAGAUGUGAGUGAUGCUACUGAUAAAACUAUUCUUAGUGAUGGAAAAAGAGUUAAAAGAGAAAUCACUGACGGCAAAGACAUUUUAAUUCAGAAAGAUAUUGAUGAUAAAUUUACAAGUGAAGUUAAUGGAAUUCAUGCUAAAUUGUCAGAAUACGAGCAAGAUGUUAGCACUGACAGCUUAGAUCAGUUAGACAAUUUAGAUCAAGUGAAAUCAUUGCUAAAAGAUAACAUUGAGUCUGAGAGAAGGUUAAGUGGAACUUUGGAAACUGCUAAAACUUUGGAAAGGCUCGAGGAAAAAAUAACGGAUCUAAAAAAGAAAGGAGAAUUACCAUUAAGUGACAAAUCACAACAAAUAUUAAGCAAAACUGAUAUAAUAGCGAGUCAACAAAAACAAACUGAAGACGUGCCAUCAACAACACCAUCUUCACUUAAGACCCAUGAUGCAAAAAAAGUUACCACCAUCGAAACAGCUGCUAGUGAAGUGGAUUCAUCUCUCAGUCAAGUUCUUGAAAAAGAAUUUGUUGCUGAAGAAAGAAAAGUAGACGAUAAACUUAAAAGAGUUGAACAAAAGGACAGAGAUAAAGAACAAGUUAGUACAGAUACUGGUAAAUUAAAAGAAAAAUCUAGUCCAGAUUUAAUAAAAAGUAUCAAAGAUGUUACAGUUCCUAUUUCUGACAAACUUGAUGAAAAGCAAGUAAGUUUAGAAAAACAUAAAAAGUCUUUAAAAGUCGAUGAUAAAAGUCGUAAACUUGAAGAAGAUGAUCAAAAAAUUUCAAAAAUUGAUGAGAAGAAAAAAGAAAGCAAAUCGAUGAUUAGUAGUUUUAUGAAUAAAUUUGAUGAAAAAAUAAGUAAAGCGAAAGGAUUAUUUACAAAAAAAUCAGACAAAUCAGUAGAACAAGACGACGGUGACAAACAAACCGAAAACAAAAUAAAAUCUGAUAUCCUCCCUGCCCCUAAAGCUUCAACAAAACUUGAGGAUAAGAUUGAUGACUCUUCGAUUCCACCAGAAUUUGAGAUUUAUGAAAAUUAUAUGCAGGAAUUACUUGCAUUUGAUGAAGAAUUUCAAUUGAUACUGAAAAACUAUACAAUCUUCACUGAACCUGAAGAAAAUGUUAUAGUAAAAACAGAAAAACUCAUAUUGAAACAGAUAACUGUAACUAGAACAACAAUUACAAAAACUGUAAAGACAAAAUACGCUGAUAUAUAUGGUCAUUUUAGAAAAGUUCAAACUUUAACAAUUAUAUCGGUAACUGAUGUCUACCUUGAUGGCACUUCAACCACAACACUGGAUGGAAAUACAACUUUUGCAGAUAUUGAAGAUGAGGAUAGUAUAUUAAAAGAAUUUGAUACUAAGGAAGACACAAAUAUUGUUGAAAGAAAUGAAGAAAAAUGUACCAAUUAUGACAUCAAUACAAUAAUACAAAAAAUAAAUACCAUAACAAUUAAAGAAGUUUAUUUGAACCCUAGAGAAAAUACGAGAAAACUGAAGAAAACUGUAAAAACUAAAACUGAAAUAGUUUUGGGCAACAAUGAAAUUGAAAAUGUAAAAACGAUGAAAAUUUUCUUAUAUGAUUACAAUAAAGCUACUAAAAAGGAGUUAAAUGAAAAAAUCCGAACGCAAUUAAAGACAGAAAUAUUAAGGGAAGUAAAGGCUAUCACGGGAGACAUAACUAGGGAUCAACCUAUCUCGGAAAUCAAAGAAAUCAAGAAGGAAACGCUUGUUAGCGAAAAGACCCCAUCUCCAAUCGAGAAACUUGAACCCGAUGCAUUAAAACCUCUAAGCCCCAAGGAGGAAAAGGAAGUUUCAGAAAAGAAACCAGUUACAGACAAAGAGCCCUCUCCCACAGAGGAUCUUAAGGACAAGGUAGAAGAGGUCACUACUGAGGAGAAAGUUAAAACACCAACUGAAAAGGAAACUGUAGAACCAGUGAAACCUUCGAGCCCGAAAGAUCAACAAAAAGAGGUUCCCGUCAAACCAGCUUUGGACAAAGCACCAUCGCCCACAAAAGAUGUUGUUACACCAGAAAAGGAAGGUGAAAAACCUGCACAGCCGGAGCCGACACCCGUCGACAAAGUUGUGCCCGAGCCUGAAAAACCUACUAGUCCUAAGGAUAAAGUAAAGGAUUUACCUGAAAAGACUGUCACUGAUAAGGAGCCCUCGCCUAUCACGGAAAUCAAAGAAAUCAAGAAGGAAACGCUUGUUAGCGAAAAGACCCCAUCUCCAAUCGAGAAACUUGAACCCGAUGCAUUAAAACCUCUUAGCCCCAAGGAGGAAAAGGAAGUUUCAGAAAAGAAACCAGUUACAGACCAAGAGCCCUCUCCCACAGAGGAUAUUAAGGACAAGGUAGAAGAGGUCACUCCUGAGGAGAAAGUUAAAACACCAACUGAAAAGGAAACUGUAGAACCAGUGAAACCUUCGAGCCCGAAAGAUCAACAAAAAGAGGUUCCCGUCAAACCAGCUUUGGACAAAGCACCAUCGCCCACAAAAGAUGUUGUUACACCAGAAAAGGAAGGUGAAAAACCUGCACAGCCGGAGCCGACACCCGUCGACAAAGUUGUGCCCGAGCCUGAGAAACCUACUAGUCCUAAGGAUAAAGUAAAGGAUUUACCUGAAAAGACUGUCACUGAUAAGGAGCCCUCGCCUAUCACGGAAAUCAAAGAAAUCAAGAAGGAAACGCUUGUUAGCGAAAAGACCCCAUCUCCAAUCGAGAAACUUGAACCCGAUGCAUUAAAACCUCUAAGCCCCAAGGAGGAAAAGGAAGUUUCACAAAAGAAACCAGUAACAGACAAAGAGCCCUCUCCCACAGAGGAUCUUAAGGACAAGGUAGAAGAGGUCACUACAGAGGAGAAAGUUAAAACACCAACUGAAAAGGAAACUGUAGAACCAGUGAAACCUUCGAGCCCGAAAGAUCAACAAAAAGAGGUUCCCGUCAAACCAGCUUUGGACAAAGCACCAUCGCUCACAAAAGAUGUUGUUACACCAGAAAAGGAAGGUGAAAAACCUGCACAGCCGGAGCCGACACCCGUCGACAAAGUUGUGCCCGAGCCUGAGAAACCUACUAGUCCUAAGGAUAAAGUAAAGGAUUUACCUGAAAAGACUGUCACUGAUAAGGAGCCCUCGCCUAUCACGGAAAUCAAAGAAAUCAAGAAGGAAACGCAUGUUAGCGAAAAGACCCCAUCUCCAAUCCAGGAACUUGAACCCGAUGCAUUAAAACCUCUAAGCCCCAAGGAGGAAAAGGAAGUUUCAGAAAAGAAACAGGUAACAGACAAAGAGCCCUCUCCCGCAGAGGAUCUUAAGGACAAGGUAGAAGAGGUCACUCCUGAGGAGAAAGUUAAAACACCAACUGAAAAGGAAACUGUAGAACCAGUGAAACCUUCGAGCCCGAAAGAUCAACAAAAAGAGGUUCCCGUCAAACCAGCUUUGGACAAAGCACCAUCGCCCACAAAAGAUGUUGUUACACCAGAAAAGGAAGGUGAAAAACCUGCACAGCCGGAGCCGACACCCGUUGACAAAGUUGUGCCCGAGCCUGAGAAACCUAUUAGUCCUAAGGAUAAAGUAAAGGAUUUACCUGAAAAGACUGUCACUGAUAAGGAGCCCUCGCCUAUCACGGAAAUCAAAGAAAUCAAGAAGGAAACGCUUGUUAGCGAAAAGACCCCAUCUCCAAUCGAGAAACUUGAACCCGAUGCAUUAAAACCUCUAAGCCCCAAGGAGGAAAAGGAAGUUUCAGAAAAGAAACCAGUAACAGACAAAGAGCCCUCUCCCACAGAGGAUCUUAAGGACAAGGUAGAAGAGGUCACUACAGAGGAGAAAGUUAAAACACCAACUGAAAAGGAAACUGUAGAACUAGUGAAACCUUCGAGCCCGAAAGAUCAACAAAAAGAGGUUCCCGUCAAACCAGCUUUGGACAAAGCACCAUCGCUCACAAAAGAUGUUGUUACACCAGAAAAGGAAGGUGAAAAACCUGCACAGCCGGAGCCGACACCCGUCGACAAAGUUGUGCCCGAGCCUGAGAAACCUACUAGUCCUAAGGAUAAAGUAAAGGAUUUACCUGAAAAGACUGUCACUGAUAAGGAGCCCUCGCCUAUCACGGAAAUCAAAGAAAUCAAGAAGGAAACGCAUGUUAGCGAAAAGACCCCAUCUCCAAUCCAGGAACUUGAACCCGAUGCAUUAAAACCUCUAAGCCCCAAGGAGGAAAAGGAAGUUUCAGAAAAGAAACAGGUAACAGACAAAGAGCCCUCUCCCGCAGAGGAUCUUAAGGACAAGGUAGAAGAGGUCACUCCUGAGGAGAAAGUUAAAACACCAACUGAAAAGGAAACUGUAGAACCAGUGAAACCUUCGAGCCCGAAAGAUCAACAAAAAGAGGUUCCCGUCAAACCAGCUUUGGACAAAGCACCAUCGCCCACAAAAGAUGUUGUUACACCAGAAAAGGAAGGUGAAAAACCUGCACAGCCGGAGCCGACACCCGUUGACAAAGUUGUGCCCGAGCCUGAGAAACCUACUAGUCCUAAGGAUAAAGUAAAGUAUUUACCUGAAAAGACUGUCACUGAUAAGGAGCCCUCGCCUAUCACGGAAAUCAAAGAAAUCAAGAAGGAAACGCUUGUUAGCGAAAAGGCCCCAUCUCCAAUCGAGAAACUUGAACCCGAUGCAUUAAAACCUCUAAGCCCCAAGGAGGAAAAGGAAGUUUCAGAAAAGAAACCAGUAACAGACAAAGAGCCCUCUCCCACAGAGGAUCUUAAGGACAAGGUAGAAGAGGUCACUCCUGAGGAGAAAGUUAAAACACCAUCUGAAAAGGAAACUGUAGAACCAGUGAAACCUUCGAGCCCGAAAGAUCAACAAAAAGAGGUUCCCGUCAAACCAGCUUUGGACAAAGCACCAUCGCCCACAAAAGAUGUUGUUACACCAGAAAAGGAAGGUGAAAAACCUGCACAGCCGGAGCCGACACCCGUCGACAAAGUUGUGCCCGAGCCUGAGAAACCUACUAGUCCUAAGGAUAAAGUAAAGGAUUUACCUGAAAAGACUGUCACUGAUAAGGAGCCCUCGCCUAUCACGGAAAUCAAAGAAAUCAAGAAGGAAACGCUUGUUAGCGAAAAGGCCCCAUCUCCAAUCGAGAAACUUGAACCCGAUGCAUCAAAACCUCUAAGCCCCAAGGAGGAAAAGGAAGUUUCAGAAAAGAAACCAGUAACAGACAAAGAGCCCUCUCCCACAGAGGAUCUUAAGGACAAGGUAGAAGAGGUCACUCCUGAGGAGAAAGUUAAAACACCAUCUGAAAAGGAAACUGUAGAACCAGUGAAACCUUCGAGCAAGAAAGACCAACAAAAAGAGGUUCCCGUCAAACCAGCUUUGGACAAAGCACCAUCGCCCACAAAAGAUGUUGUUACACCAGAAAAGGAAGGUGAAAAACCUGCACAGCCGGAGCCGACACCCUUUGACAAAGUUGUGCCCGAGCCUGAGAAACCUACUAGUCCUAAGGAUAAAGUAAAGGAUUUACCUGAAAAGACUGUCACUGAUAAGGAGCCCUCGCCUAUCACGGAAAUCAAAGAAAUCAAGAAGGAAACGCUUGUUAGCGAAAAGACCCCAUCUCCAAUCGAGAAACUUGAACCCGAUGCAUUAAAACCUCUAAGCCCCAAGGAGGAAAAGGAAGUUUCAGAAAAGAAACCAGUUACAGACAAAGAGCCCUCUCCCACAGAGGAUCUUAAGGACAAGGUAGAAGAGGUCACUCCUGAGGAGAAAGUUAAAACACCAACUGAAAAGGAAACUGUAGAACCAGUGAAACCUUCGAGCCCGAAAGAUCAACAAAAAGAGGUUCCCGUCAAACCAGCUUUGGACAAAGCACCAUCGCCCACAAAAGAUGUUGUUACACCAGAAAAGGAAGGUGAAAAACCUGCACAGCCGGAGCCGACACCCGUCGACAAAGUUGUGCCCGAGCCUGAGAAACCUACCAGUCCUAAGGAUAAAGUAAAGGAUUUACCUGAAAAGACUGUCACUGAUAAGGAGCCCUCGCCUAUCACGGAAAUCAAAGAAAUCAAGAAGGAAACGCUUGUUAGCGAAAAGACCCCAUCUCCAAUCGAGAAACUUGAACCCGAUGCAUUAAAACCUCUAAGCACCAAGGAGGAAAAGGAAGUUUCACAAAAGAAACCAGUAACAGACAAAGAGCCCUCUCCCACAGAGGAUCUUAAGGACAAGGUAGAAGAGGUCACUCCUGAGGAGAAAGUUAAAACACCAACUGAAAAGGAAACUGUAGAACCAGUGAAACCUUCGAGCCCGAAAGAUCAACAAAAAGAGGUUCCCGUCAAACCAGCUUUGGACAAAGCACCAUCGCCCACAAAAGAUGUUGUUACACCAGAAAAGGAAGGUGAAAAACCUGCACAGCCGGAGCCGACACCCGUCGACAAAGUUGUGCCCGAGCCUGAGAAACCUACUAGUCCUAAGGAUAAAGUAAAGGAUUUACCUGAAAAGACUGUCACUGAUAAGGAGCCCUCGCCUAUCACGGAAAUCAAAGAAAUCAAGAAGGAAACGCUUGUUAGCGAAAAGGCCCCAUCUCCAAUCGAGAAACUUGAACCCGAUGCAUUAAAACCUCUAAGCCCCAAGGAGGAAAAGGAAGUUUCAGAAAAGAAACCAGUAACAGACAAAGAGCCCUCUCCCACAGAGGAUCUUAAGGACAAGGUAGAAGAGGUCACUCCUGAGGAGAAAGUUAAAACACCAUCUGAAAAGGAAACUGUAGAACCAGUGAAACCUUCGAGCCCGAAAGAUCAACAAAAAGAGGUUCCCGUCAAACCAGCUUUGGACAAAGCACCAUCGCCCACAAAAGAUGUUGUUACACCAGAAAAGGAAGGUGAAAAACCUGCACAGCCGGAGCCGACACCCGUCGACAAAGUUGUGCCCGAGCCUGAGAAACCUACUAGUCCUAAGGAUAAAGUAAAGGAUUUACCUGAAAAGACUGUCACUGAUAAGGAGCCCUCGCCUAUCACGGAAAUCAAAGAAAUCAAGAAGGAAACGCUUGUUAGCGAAAAGGCCCCAUCUCCAAUCGAGAAACUUGAACCCGAUGCAUUAAAACCUCUAAGCCCCAAGGAGGAAAAGGAAGUUUCAGAAAAGAAACCAGUAACAGACAAAGAGCCCUCUCCCACAGAGGAUCUUAAGGACAAGGUAGAAGAGGUCACUCCUGAGGAGAAAGUUAAAACACCAUCUGAAAAGGAAACUGUAGAACCAGUGAAACCUUCGAGCCCGAAAGAUCAACAAAAAGAGGUUCCCGUCAAACCAGCUUUGGACAAAGCACCAUCGCCCACAAAAGAUGUUGUUACACCAGAAAAGGAAGGUGAAAAACCUGCACAGCCGGAGCCGACACCCGUCGACAAAGUUGUGCCCGAGCCUGAGAAACCUACCAGUCCUAAGGAUAAAGUAAAGGAUUUACCUGAAAAGACUGUCACUGAUAAGGAGCCCUCGCCUAUCACGGAAAUCAAAGAAAUCAAGAAGGAAACGCUUGUUAGCGAAAAGACCCCAUCUCCAAUCGAGAAACUUGAACCCGAUGCAUUAAAACCUCUAAGCCCCAAGGAGGAAAAGGAAGUUUCACAAAAGAAACCAGUAACAGACAAAGAGCCCUCUCCCACAGAGGAUCUUAAGGACAAGGUAGAAGAGGUCACUCCUGAGGAGAAAGUUAAAACACCAACUGAAAAGGAAACUGUAGAACCAGUGCAACCUUCGAGCCCGAAAGAUCAACAAAAAGAGGUUCCCGUCAAACCAGCUUUGGACAAAGCACCAUCGCCCACAAAAGAUGUUGUUACACCAGAAAAGGAAGGCGAAAAACCUGCACAGCCGGAGCCGACACCCGUCGACAAAGUUGUGCCCGAGCCUGAGAAACCUACUAGUCCUAAGGAUAAAGUAAAGGAUUUACCUGAAAAGACUGUCACUGAUAAGGAGCCCUCGCCUAUCACGGAAAUCAAAGAAAUCAAGAAGGAAACGCUUGUUAGCGAAAAGACCCCAUCUCCAAUCGAGAAACUUGAACCCGAUGCAUUAAAACCUCUAAGCCCCAAAGAGGAAAAGGAAGUUUCAGAAAAGAAACCAGUAACAGACAAAGAGCCCUCUCCCACAGAGGAUCUUAAGGACAAGGUAGAAGAGGUCACUCCUGAGGAGAAAGUUAAAACACCAACUGAAAAGGAAACUGUAGAACCAAUGAAACCUUCGAGCAAGAAAGACCAACAAAAAGAGGUUCCCGUCAAACCAGCUUUGGACAAAGCACCAUCGCCCACAAAAGAUGUUGUUACACCAGAAAAGGAAGGUGAAAAACCUGCACAGCCGGAGCCGACACCCUUUGACAAAGUUGUGCCCGAGCCUGAGAAACCUACUAGUCCUAAGGAUAAAGUAAAGGAUUUACCUGAAAAGACUGUCACUGAUAAGGAGCCCUCGCCUAUCACGGAAAUCAAAGAAAUCAAGAAGGAAACGCUUGUUAGCGAAAAGGCCCCAUCUCCAAUCGAGAAACUUGAACCCGAUGCAUUAAAACCUCUAAGCCCCAAGGAGGAAAAGGAAGUUUCAGAAAAGAAACCAGUAACAGACAAAGAGCCCUCUCCCACAGAGGAUCUUAAGGACAAGGUAGAAGAGGUCACUCCUGAGGAGAAAGUUAAAACACCAACUGAAAAGGAAACUGUAGAACCAGUGAAACCUUCGAGCCCGAAAGAUCAACAAAAAGAGGUUCCCGUCAAACCAGCUUUGGACAAAGCACCAUCGCCCACAAAAGAUGUUGUUACACCAGAAAAGGAAGGUGAAAAACCUGCACAGCCGGAGCCGACACCCGUCGACAAAGUUGUGCCCGAGCCUGAGAAACCUACCAGUCCUAAGGAUAAAGUAAAGGAUUUACCUGAAAAGACUGUCACUGAUAAGGAGCCCUCGCCUAUCACAGAAAUCAAAGAAAUCAAGAAGGAAACGCUUGUUAGCGAAAAGACCCCAUCUCCAAUCGAGAAACUUGAAACCGAUGCAUUAAAACCUCUAAGCCCCAAGGAGGAAAAGGAAGUUUCAGAAAAGAAACCAGUAACAGACAAAGAGCCCUCUCCCACAGAGGAUCUUAAGGACAAGGUAGAAGAGGUCACUCCUGAGGAGAAAGUUAAAACACCAACUGAAAAGGAAACUGUAGAACCAGUGCAACCUUCGAGCCCGAAAGAUCAACAAAAAGAGGUUCCCGUCAAACCAGCUUUGGACAAAGCACCAUCGCCCACAAAAGAUGUUGUUACACCAGAAAAGGAAGGUGAAAAACCUGCACAGCCGGAGCCGACACCCGUUGACAAACUUGUGCCCGAGCCUGAGAAACCUACUAGUCCUAAGGAUAAAGUAAAGGAUUUACCUGAAAAGACUGUCACUGAUAAGGAGCCCUCGCCUAUCACGGAAAUCAAGAAGGAAACGCUUGUUAGCGAAAAGACCCCAUCUCCAAUCGAGAAACUUGAACCCGAUGCAUUAAAACCUCUAAGCCCCAAGGAGGAAAAGGAAGUUUCAGAAAAGAAACCAGUUACAGACAAAGAGUCCUCUCCCACAGAGGAUCUUAAGGACAAGGUAGAAGAGGUCACUCCUGAGGAGAAAGUUAAAACACCAACUGAAAAGGAAACUGUAGAAUCAGUGAAACCUUCGAGCCCGAAAGAUCAACAAAAAGAGGUUCCCGUCAAACCAGCUUUGGACAAAGCACCAUCGCCCACAAAAGAUGUUGUUACACCAGAAAAGGAAGGUGAAAAACCUGCACAGCCGGAGCCGACACCCGUCGACAAAGUUGUGCCCGAGCCUGAGAAACCUACCAGUCCUAAGGAUAAAGUAAAGGAUUUACCUGAAAAGACUGUCACUGAUAAGGAGCCCUCGCCUAUCACGGAAAUCAAAGAAAUCAAGAAGGAAACGCUUGUUAGCGAAAAGACCCCAUCUCCAAUCGAGAAACUUGAACCCGAUGCAUUAAAACCUCUAAGCCCCAAGGAGGAAAAGGAAGUUUCAGAAAAGAAACCAGUAACAGACAAAGAGCCCUCUCCCACAGAGGAUCUUAAGGACAAGUUAGAAGAGGUCACUCCUGAGGAGAAAGUUAAAACACCAACUGAAAAGGAAACUGUAGAACCAGUGAAACCUUCGAGCCCGAAAGAUCAACAAAAAGAGGUUCCCGUUAAACCAGCUUUGGACAAAGCACCAUCGCCCACAAAAGAUGUUGUUACACCAGAAAAGGAAGGUGAAAAACCUGCACAGCCGGAGCCGACACCCGUCGACAAAGUUGUGCCCGAGCCUGAGAAACCUACCAGUCCUAAGGAUAAAGUAAAGGAUUUACCUGAAAAGACUGUCACUGAUAAGGAGCCCUCGCCUAUCACAGAAAUCAAAGAAAUCAAGAAGGAAACGCUUGUUAGCGAAAAGACCCCAUCUCCAAUCGAGAAACUUGAACCCGAUGCAUUAAAACCUCUAAGCCCCAAAGAGGAAAAGGAAGUUUCAGAAAAGAAACCAGUUACAGACAAAGAGCCCUCUCCCACAGAGGAUCUUAAGGACAAGUUAGAAGAGGUCACUCCUGAGGAGAAAGUUCAAACACCAACUGAAAAGGAAACUGUAGAACCAGUGAAACCUUCGAGCCCGAAAGAUCAACAAAAAGAGGUUCCCGUCAAACCAGCUUUGGACAAAGCACCAUCGCCCACAAAAGAUGUUGUUACACCAGAAAAGGAAGGUGAAAAACCUGCACAGCCGGAGCCGACACCCGUUGACAAACUUGUGCCCGAGCCUGAGAAACCUACUAGUCCUAAGGAUAAAGUAAAGGAUUUACCUGAAAAGACUGUCACUGAUAAGGAGCCCUCGCCUAUCACGGAAAUCAAAGAAAUCAAGAAGGAAACGCUUGUUAGCGAAAAGACCCCAUCUCCAAUCGAGAAACUUGAACCCGAUGCAUUAAAACCUCUAAGCCCCAAGGAGGAAAAGGAAGUUUCAGAAAAGAAACCAGUUACAGACAAAGAGUCCUCUCCCACAGAGGAUCUUAAGGACAAGGUAGAAGAGGUCACUCCUGAGGAGAAAGUUAAAACACCAACUGAAAAGGAAACUGAGGAAUCAGUGAAACCUUCGAGCCCGAAAGAUCAACAAAAAGAGGUUCCCGUCAAACCAGCUUUGGACAAAGCACCAUCGCCCACAAAAGAUGUUGUUACACCAGAAAAGGAAGGUGAAAAACCUGCACAGCCGGAGCCGACACCCGUCGACAAAGUUGUGCCCGAGCCUGAGAAACCUACUAGUCCUAAGGAUAAAGUAAAGGAUUUACCUGAAAAGACUGUCACUGAUAAGGAGCCCUCGCCUAUCACGGAAAUCAAAGAAAUCAAGAAGGAAACGCUUGUUAGCGAAAAGACCCCAUCUCCAAUCGAGAAACUUGAACCCGAUGCAUUAAAACCUCUAAGCCCCAAGGAGGAAAAGGAAGUUUCACAAAAGAAACCAGUAACAGACAAAGAGCCCUCUCCCACAGAGGAUCUUAAGGACAAGGUAGAAGAGGUCACUACAGAGGAGAAAGUUAAAACACCAACUGAAAAGGAAACUGUAGAACCAGUGAAACCUUCGAGCCCGAAAGACCAACAAAAAGAGGUUCCCGUCAAACCAGCUUUGGACAAAGCACCAUCGCCCACAAAAGAUGUUGUUACACCAGAAAAGGAAGGUGAAAAACCUGCACAGCCGGAGCCGACACCCGUUGACAAAGUUGUGCCCGAGCCUGAGAAACCUACCAGUCCUAAGGAUAAAGUAAAGGAUUUACCUGAAAAGACUGUCACUGAUAAGGAGCCCUCGCCUAUCACGGAAAUCAAAGAAAUCAAGAAGGAAACGCUUGUUAGCGAAAAGACCCCAUCUCCAAUCGAGAAACUUGAACCCGAUGCAUUAAAACCUCUAAGCCCCAAGGAGGAAAAGAAACCAGUUACAGACAAAGAGCCCUCUCCCACAGAGGAUCUUAAGGACAAGUUAGAAGAGGUCACUCCUGAGGAGAAAGUUAAAACACCAACUGAAAAGGAAACUGUAGAACCAGUGAAACCUUCGAGCCCGAAAGAUCAACAAAAAGAGGUUCCCGUCAAACCAGCUUUGGACAAAGCACCAUCGCCCACAAAAGAUGUUGUUACACCAGAAAAGGAAGGUGAAAAACCUGCACAGCCGGAGCCGACACCCGUUGAUAAACUUGUGCCCGAGCCUGAGAAACCUACUAGUCCUAAGGAUAAAGUAAAGGAUUUACCUGAAAAGACUGUCACUGAUAAGGAGCCCUCGCCUAUCACGGAAAUCAAAGAAAUCAAGAAGGAAACGCUUGUUAGCGAAAAGACCCCAUCUCCAAUCGAGAAACUUGAACCCGAUGCAUUAAAACCUCUAAGCCCCAAGGAGGAAAAGGAAGUUUCAGAAAAGAAACCAGUUACAGACAAAGAGCCCUCUCCCACAGAGGAUCUUAAGGACAAGGUAGAAGAGGUCACUACUGAGGAGAAAGUUAAAACACCAACUGAAAAGGAAACUGUAGAACCAGUGAAACCUUCGAGCCCGAAAGACCAACAAAAAGAGGUUCCCGUCAAACCAGCUUUGGACAAAGCACCAUCGCCCACAAAAGAUGUUGUUACACCAGAAAAGGAAGGUGAAAAACCUGCACAGCCGGAGCCGACACCCGUUGACAAAGUUGUGCCCGAGCCUGAGAAACCUACCAGUCCUAAGGAUAAAGUAAAGGAUUUACCUGAAAAGACUGUCACUGAUAAGGAGCCCUCGCCUAUCACGGAAAUCAAAGAAAUCAAGAAGGAAACGCUUGUUAGCGAAAAGACCCCAUCUCCAAUCGAGAAACUUGAACCCGAUGCAUUAAAACCUCUAAGCCCCAAGGAGGAAAAGAAACCAGUUACAGACAAAGAGCCCUCUCCCACAGAGGAUCUUAAGGACAAGUUAGAAGAGGUCACUCCUGAGGAGAAAGUUAAAACACCAACUGAAAAGGAAACUGUAGAACCAGUGAAACCUUCGAGCCCGAAAGAUCAACAAAAAGAGGUUCCCGUCAAACCAGCUUUGGACAAAGCACCAUCGCCCACAAAAGAUGUUGUUACACCAGAAAAGGAAGGUGAAAAACCUGCACAGCCGGAGCCGACACCCGUUGACAAACUUGUGCCCGAGCCUGAGAAACCUACUAGUCCUAAGGAUAAAGUAAAGGAUUUACCUGAAAAGACUGUCACUGAUAAGGAGCCCUCGCCUAUCACGGAAAUCAAAGAAAUCAAGAAGGAAACGCUUGUUAGCGAAAAGACCCCAUCUCCAAUCGACAAAAUUGAACCCGAUGCAUUAAAACCUCUAAGCCCCAAGGAGGAAAAGAAACCAGUUACAGACAAAGAGCCCUCUCCCACAGAGGAUCUUAAGGACAAGGUAGAAGAGGUCACUCCUGAGGAGAAAGUUAAAACACCAACUGAAAAGGAAACUGUAGAAUCAGUGAAACCUUCGAGCCCGAAAGACCAACAAAAAGAGGUUCCCGUCAAACCAGCUUUGGACAAAGCACCAUCGCCCACAAAAGAUGUUGUUACACCAGAAAAGGAAGGUGAAAAACCUGCACAGCCGGAGCCGACACCCGUCGACAAAGUUGUGCCCGAGCCUGAGAAACCUACUAGUCCUAAGGAUAAAGUAAAGGAUUUACCUGAAAAGACUGUCACUGAUAAGGAGCCCUCGCCUAUCACGGAAAUCAAAGAAAUCAAGAAGGAAACGCUUGUUAGCGAAAAGACCCCAUCUCCAAUCGAGAAACUUGAACCCGAUGCAUUAAAACCUCUAAGCCCCAAGGAGGAAAAGGAAGUUUCAGAAAAGAAACCAGUUACAGACAAAGAGCCCUCUCCCACAGAGGAUCUUAAGGACAAGGUAGAAGAGGUCACUCCUGAGGAGAAAGUUAAAACACCAACUGAAAAGGAAACUGUAGAAUCAGUGAAACCUUCGAGCCCGAAAGAUCAACAAAAAGAGGUUCCCGUCAAACCAGCUUUGGACAAAGCACCAUCGCCCACAAAAGAUGUUGUUACACCAAAAAAGGAAGGUGAAACACCUGCACAGCCGGAGCCGACACCCGUUGACAAAGUUGUGCCCGAGCCUGAGAAACCUACUAGUCCUAAGGAUAAAGUAAAGGAUUUACCUGAAAAGACUGUCACUGAUAAGGAGCCCUCGCCUAUCACGGAAAUCAAAGAAAUCAAGAAGGAAACGCUUGUUAGCGAAAAGGCCCCAUCUCCAAUCGAGAAACUUGAACCCGAUGCAUUAAAACCUCUAAGCCCCAAGGAGGAAAAGGAAUUUUCACAAAAGAAACCAGUAACAGACAAAGAGCCCUCUCUAACAGAGGAUAUUAAGGACAAGGUAGAAGAGGUCACUCCUGAGGAGAAAGUUAAAACACCAACUGAAAAGGAAACUGUAGAACCAGUGAAACCUUCGAGCCCGAAAGAUCAACAAAAAGAGGUUCCCGUCAAACCAGCUUUGGACAAAGCACCAUCGCCCACAAAAGAUGUUGUUACACCAGAAAAGGAAGGUGAAAAACCUGCACAGCCGGAGCCGACACCCGUUGACAAACUUGUGCCCGAGCCUGAGAAACCUACUAGUCCUAAGGAUAAAGUAAAGGAUUUACCUGAAAAGACUGUCACUGAUAAGGAGCCCUCGCCUAUCACGGAAGUCAAAGAAAUCAAGAAGGAAAAGCUUGUUAGCGAAAAGACCCCAUCUCCAAUCGAGAAACUUGAACCCGACGCAUUAAAACCUCUAAGCCCCAAGGAGGAAAAGGAAGUUUCAGAAAAGAAACCAGUUACAGACAAAGAGCCCUCUCCCACAGAGGAUCUUAAGGACAAGGUAGAAGAGGUCACUCCUGAGGAGAAAGUUAAAACACCAACUGAAAAGGAAACUGUAGAACCAGUGAAACCUUCGAGCCCGAAAGAUCAACAAAAAGAGGUUCCCGUCAAACCAGCUUUGGACAAAGCACCAUCGCCCACAAAAGAUGUUGUUACACCAGAAAAGGAAGGUGAAAAACCUGCACAGCCGGAGCCGACACCCGUCGACAAAGUUGUGCCCGAGCCUCAAAAACCUACUAGUCCUAAGGAUAAAGUAAAGGAUUUACCUGAAAAGACUAAACUUGAACCCGAUGCAUUAAAACCUCUAAGCCCCAAGGAGGAAAAGGAAGUUUCAGAAAAGAAACCAGUUACAGACAAAGAGCCCUCUCCUACAGAGGAUCUUAAGGACAAGGUAGAAGAGGUCACUCGUGAGAAGAAAGUUAAAACACCAACUGAAAAGGAAACUGUAGAAUCAGUGAAACCUUCGAGCCCGAAAGAUCAACAAAAAGAGGUUCCCGUCAAACCAGCUUUGGACAAAGCACCAUCGCCCACAAAAGAUGUUGUUACACCAGAAAAGGAAGGUGAAAAACCUGCACAGCCGGAGCCGACAUCCGUCGACAAAGUUGUGCCCGAGCCUGAGAAACCUACUAGUCCUACGGAUAAAGUAAAGGAUUUACCUGAAAAGACUGUCACUGAUAAGGAGCCCUCGCCUAUCACGGAAAUCAAAGAAAUCAAGAAGGAAACGCUUGUUAGCGAAAAGACCCCAUCUCCAAUCGAGAAACUUGAACCCGAUGCAUUAAAACCUCUAAGCCCCAAGGAGGAAAAGGAAGUUUCAGAAAAGAAACCAGUAACAGACAAAGAGCCCUCUCCCACAGAGGAUCUUAAGGACAAGGUAGAAGAGGUCACUACUGAGGAGAAAGUUAAAACACCAACUGAAAAGGAAACUGUAGAACCAGUGAAACCUUCGAGCCCGAAAGAUCAACAAAAAGAGGUUCCCGUCAAACCCGCUUUGGACAAAGCACCAUCGCCCACAAAAGAUGUUGUUACACCAGAAAAGGAAGGUGAAAAACCUGCACAGCCGGAGCCGACACCCGUUGAAAAAGUUGUGCCCGAGCCUGAGAAAACUACUAGUCCUAAGGAUAAAGUAAAGGAUUUACCUGAAAAGACUGUCACUGAUAAGGAGCCCUCGCCUAUCACGGAAAUCGAAGAAAUCAAGAAGGAAACGCUUGUUAGCGAAAAGACCCCAUCUCCAAUCGAGAAACUUGAACCCGAUGCAUUAAAACCUCUUAGCCCCAAGGAGAAAAAGGAAGUUUCAGAAAAGAAACCAGUUACAGACAAAGAGCCCUCUCCCACAGAGGAUCUUAAGGACAAGGUAGAAGAGGUCACUACUGAGGAGAAAGUUAAAACACCAACUGAAAAGGAAACUGUAGAACCAGUGAAACCUUCGAGCCCGAAAGAUCAACAAAAAGAGGUUCCCGUCAAACCAGCUUUGGACAAAGCACCAUCGCCCACAAAAGAUGUUGUUACACCAGAAAAGGAAGGUGAAAAACCUGCACAGCCGGAGCCGACACCCGUUGACAAACUUGUGCCCGAGCCUGAGAAACCUACUAGUCCUAAGGAUAAAGUAAAGGAUUUACCUGAAAAGACUGUCACUGAAAUGGAGCCCUCGCCUAUCACGGAAAUCAAAGAAAUCAAGAAGGAAACUCUUGUUAGCGAAAAGACCCCAUCUCCAAUCGAGAAUUUUGAACCCGAUGCAUUAAAACCUCUAAGCCCCAAGGAGGAAAAGGAAGUUUCAGAAAAGAAACCAGUAACAGACAAAGAGCCCUCUCCCACAGAGGAUCUUAAGGACAAGUUAGAAGAGGUCACUCCUGAGGAGAAAGUUAAAACACCAACUGAAAAGGAAACUGUAGAACCAGUGAAACCUUCGAGCCCGAAAGAUCAACAAAAAGAGGUUCCCGUCAAACCCGCUUUGGACAAAGCACCAUCGCCCACAAAAGAUGUUGUUACACUAGAAAAGGAAGGUGAAAAACCUGCACAGCCGGAGCCGACACCCUUUGACAAAGUUGUGCCCGAGCCUGAGAAACCUACUAGUCCUAAGGAUAAAGUAAAGGAUUUACCUGAAAAGACUGUCACUGAUAAGGAGCCCUCGCCUAUCACGGAAAUCAAAGAAAUAAAGAAGGAAACGCUUGUUAGCGAAAAGGCCCCAUCUCCAAUCGAGAAACUUGAACCCGAUGCAUUAAAACCUCUAAGCCCCAAGGAGGAAAAGGAAGUUUCAGAAAAGAAACCAGUAACAGACAAAGAGCCCUCUCCCACAGAGGAUCUUAAGGACAAGGUAGAAGAGGUCACUCGUGAGAAGAAAGUUAAAACACCAACUGAAAAGGAAACUGUAGAAUCAGUGAAACCUUCGAGCCCGAAAGAUCAACAAAAAGAGGUUCCCGUCAAACCAGCUUUGGACAAAGCACCAUCGCCCACAAAAGAUGUUGUUACACCAGAAAAGGAAGGUGAAAAACCUGCACAGCCGGAGCCGACAUCCGUCGACAAAGUUGUGCCCGAGCCUGAGAAACCUACUAGUCCUACGGAUAAAGUAAAGGAUUUACCUGAAAAGACUGUCACUGAUAAGGAGCCCUCGCCUAUCACGGAAAUCAAAGAAAUCAAGAAGGAAACGCUUGUUAGCGAAAAGACCCCAUCUCCAAUCGAGAAACUUGAACCCGAUGCAUUAAAACCUCUAAGCCCCAAGGAGGAAAAGGAAGUUUCAGAAAAGAAACCAGUAACAGACAAAGAGCCCUCUCCCACAGAGGAUCUUAAGGACAAGGUAGAAGAGGUCACUACUGAGGAGAAAGUUAAAACACCAACUGAAAAGGAAACUGUAGAACCAGUGAAACCUUCGAGCCCGAAAGAUCAACAAAAAGAGGUUCCCGUCAAACCCGCUUUGGACAAAGCACCAUCGCCCACAAAAGAUGUUGUUACACCAGAAAAGGAAGGUGAAAAACCUGCACAGCCGGAACCGACACCCGUUGAAAAAGUUGUGCCCGAGCCUGAGAAAACUACUAGUCCUAAGGAUAAAGUAAAGGAUUUACCUGAAAAGACUGUCACUGAUAAGGAGCCCUCGCCUAUCACGGAAAUCGAAGAAAUCAAGAAGGAAACGCUUGUUAGCGAAAAGACCCCAUCUCCAAUCGAGAAACUUGAACCCGAUGCAUUAAAACCUCUUAGCCCCAAGGAGAAAAAGGAAGUUUCAGAAAAGAAACCAGUUACAGACAAAGAGCCCUCUCCCACAGAGGAUCUUAAGGACAAGGUAGAAGAGGUCACUACUGAGGAGAAAGUUAAAACACCAACUGAAAAGGAAACUGUAGAACCAGUGAAACCUUCGAGCCCGAAAGAUCAACAAAAAGAGGUUCCCGUCAAACCAGCUUUGGACAAAGCACCAUCGCCCACAAAAGAUGUUGUUACACCAGAAAAGGAAGGUGAAAAACCUGCACAGCCGGAGCCGACACCCGUUGACAAACUUGUGCCCGAGCCUGAGAAACCUACUAGUCCUAAGGAUAAAGUAAAGGAUUUACCUGAAAAGACUGUCACUGAAAUGGAGCCCUCGCCUAUCACGGAAAUCAAAGAAAUCAAGAAGGAAACUCUUGUUAGCGAAAAGACCCCAUCUCCAAUCGAGAAUUUUGAACCCGAUGCAUUAAAACCUCUAAGCCCCAAGGAGGAAAAGGAAGUUUCAGAAAAGAAACCAGUAACAGACAAAGAGCCCUCUCCCACAGAGGAUCUUAAGGACAAGUUAGAAGAGGUCACUCCUGAGGAGAAAGUUAAAACACCAACUGAAAAGGAAACUGUAGAACCAGUGAAACCUUCGAGCCCGAAAGAUCAACAAAAAGAGGUUCCCGUCAAACCCGCUUUGGACAAAGCACCAUCGCCCACAAAAGAUGUUGUUACACUAGAAAAGGAAGGUGAAAAACCUGCACAGCCGGAGCCGACACCCUUUGACAAAGUUGUGCCCGAGCCUGAGAAACCUACUAGUCCUAAGGAUAAAGUAAAGGAUUUACCUGAAAAGACUGUCACUGAUAAGGAGCCCUCGCCUAUCACGGAAAUCAAAGAAAUAAAGAAGGAAACGCUUGUUAGCGAAAAGGCCCCAUCUCCAAUCGAGAAACUUGAACCCGAUGCAUUAAAACCUCUAAGCCCCAAGGAGGAAAAGGAAGUUUCAGAAAAGAAACCAGUUACAGACAAAGAGCCCUCUCCCACAGAGGAUAUUAAGGACAAGGUAGAAGAGGUCACUCCUGAGGAGAAAGUUAAAACACCAACUGAAAAGGAAACUGUAGAACCAGUGCAACCUUCGAGCCCGAAAGAUCAACAAAAAGAGGUUCCCGUCAAACCAGCUUUGGACAAAGCACCAUCGCCCACAAAAGAUGUUGUUACACCAGAAAAGGAAGGUGAAAAACCUGCACAGCCGGAGCCGACACCCGUCGACAAAGUUGUGCCCGAGCCUGAGAAACCUACUAGUCCUAAGGAUAAAGUAAAGGAUUUACCUGAAAAGACUGUCACUGAUAAGGAGCCCUCGCCUAUCACGGAAAUCGAAGAAAUCAAGAAGGAAACGCUUGUUAGCGAAAAGACCCCAUCUCCAAUCGAGAAACUUGAACCCGAUGCAUUAAAACCUCUAAGCCCCAAGGAGGAAAAGGAAGUUUCAGAAAAGAAACCAGUAACAGACAAAGAGCCCUCUCCCACAGAGGAUCUUAAGGACAAGGUAGAAGAAGUCACUCCUGAAGAGAAAGUUAAAACACCAACUGAAAAGGAAACUGUAGAACCAGUGAAACCUUCGAGCCCGAAAGAUCAACAAAAAGAGGUUCCCGUCAAACCAACUUUGGACAAAGCACCAUCGCCCACAAAAGAUGUUGUUACACCAGAAAAGGAAGGUGAAAAACCUGCACAGCCGGAGCCGACACCCGUUGACAAAGUUGUGCCCGAGCCUGAGAAACCUACUAGUCCUAAGGAUAAAGUAAAGGAUUUACCUGAAAAGACUGUCACUGAUAAGGAGCCCUCGCCUAUCACGGAAAUCAAAGAAAUCAAGAAGGAAACGCUUGUUAGCGAAAAGACCCCAUCUCCAAUCGAGAAACUUGAACCCGAUGCAUUAAAACCUCUAAGCCCCAAGGAGGAAAAGGAAGUUUCAGAAAAGAAACCAGUUACAGACAAAGAGCCCUCUCCCACAGAGGAUCUUAAGGACAAGGUAGAAGAGGUCACUACUGAGGAGAAAGUUAAAACACCAACUGAAAAGGAAACUGUAGAACCAGUGAAACCUUCGAGCCCGAAAGAUCAACAAAAAGAGGUUCCCGUCAAACCAGCUUUGGACAAAGCACCAUCGCCCACAAAAGAUGUUGUUACACCAGAAAAGGAAGGUGAAAAACCUGCACAGCCGGAGCCGACACCCUUUGACAAAGUUGUGCCCGAGCCUGAGAAACCUACUAGUCCUAAGGAUAAAGUAAAGGAUUUACCUGAAAAGACUGUCACUGAUAAGGAGCCCUCACCUAUCACGGAAAUCAAAGAAAUCAAGAAGGAAACGCUUGUUAGCGAAAAGACCCCAUCUCCAAUCGAGAAACUUGAACCCGAUGCAUUAAAACCUCUAAGCCCCAAGGAGGAAAAGGAAGUUUCAGAAAAGAAACCAGUAACAGACAAAGAGCCCUCUCCCACAGAGGAUCUUAAGGAUAAGGUAGAAGAGUUCACUCCUGAGGAGAAAGUUAAAACACCAACUGAAAAGGAAACUGUAGAACCAGUGAAACCUUUGGUCAAAGCAGUUUUAUCCUCAACUUCUACUCAAAUGGAUGAAUACGAGAAAAAAUUCUUAAAACCCGAUGAUGAAGAAGAAAAAACAUUAUCUGAUGAUAAGGAUAUGGUUUCAUUCUUUAAACUGAAGUCUGAAGGGGUUGAAUUUAACAUUCAAGACUUUACUAUUAUAGAAGAUACUUCGGUUACUGAAGAAAAAGAAGAGAAGACUCUUACAGUUGACGGAAAAAAUAUUGUUCAAAUUUUACAUAUAACUACCGCCAAGGAAAUUUUAGGUAAUAAAAAAAAUUCUUUAAAAAAAUUGAGGACAACUAUUACAACAGUUACGGAAUCUAUUUUACCUGACGGUAUUACAGAAAAAACUACGGAUGUUAAAGUAAUUGUUUCCGAUUAUGGAGAAACCGACGAUUCUGAAGCAAAUUUUGAGGAAGUCGGUCAACCUAGCGAACUUGUAACUACUACUACAGAAACCAAAAUUGUACAGGGUGUUAAAAUAGAGCAAACUAUCACUAAAACUAUUACGAAACAAGAGUUACGAAACAUUAAGAACAAUGCUAAAAGAACUAAGGAAAUUAUUAGGACAGUUAUCCGAGAUAAAUACCCAGAUGGAAGCAUUAGCACUAAAACAAAUGAAGAAAUAUUAAUCUACGACAAAUUAUUUGGGGAAACUCGCAAACCCCAAUUACAAACUGAUAGGUUUGACUUUACCGAGGAACCAACUGAAGAAUCAACUACCCAUGUUGAGACUGUUAUUGAAAAUGGUAUAUCAAUUAAACGUAAAACGGUUGUCACAAAAAUAACUCAAAUAGCCUAUAUGGUCUCUAACUACACAAAACACACCAAAGUUACUAUUGUUACUAAUGUUGAAGAUGAAUAUCCAGAUGGUAAUGUUAUCAGGAAGACAAAUGAGGAAAUAACUUCUACUGAGGAAUUAAUUGAUUUCACAAAUUUGAAUGAAAAACUUGCGGAAUUGAUGAAAAAUAUUCCCCUGACACAAGGAAUCCUUCGAAAAGUACCUAAUCAAGAAACUAAUAAAAAAUAUUCAGGCGAAAAAGAUCAAACAAAUGAAGACAUUCUUGUAGUUGAACCACAAAUAAAUGGAAAACCUGAAGAUCCUCCAAAACUUCAUCCUCACAAAGAAGGUCACGAUAAUAUAAAUGAAAACCUUAAAACAAAAUCUUAUUUAAAUUUAGCUACAGACAGUGAGAAGAUGUUACAUGAAGAAAGGUUAACCCAUGAUAUUAGUAUGAAAAAAAUAACUGACUCAGUUGUAACAAUCACCGGUACUGACCGAGAUUCCACGUCAGAUAUUUUAGGAUAUAGUAGCUCAGAAGAUAUAUCAAAAGAAUUAAGUUUGGAGGAAAAGUAUUCAUAUGAAAGCACUGAAAAAUCUGAAAAAGGCCGAAAAGAGAGAGAAGAUCAUAAAACUCUACAAAAACCAAGCAAACGGGAACAAAGCUCAAAGCAUACAGAAGAUCAAUUUUUAACACCGUCAACUAAAUUACUCGAUGAUCAAAAAUCAAUUAAACAAGAAUUUCUCGGAACGGAAUCUUCUCAAUCUGAUGAUUCUGUAACUGAACCCAAAAAACUUGAAUCCGAUGUCGAUUCUAAUAUUAGAAAAAAAAGUCCAGAUUUAGUUGAUUCUAUCCAUGAAGCAUUUCGGGUCACCGACAUCCAACAAGGCAUCAAAACAGAACCUGUAGAAAUUAGUUCGACAAAGUUAGAGCGUGUAUCAACACCGCCUACUGUGCCUGUAAGUCCUUUACCGAAAACUCCUAGUAGUUUCCAAGAUAUUAAAAUCAGUGAUGGAGUUCAGAGUGAAGUUACGUAUGAUAAGUCAGAUAGUACGGAAGAAACAAUUACAAAAGUGGUACACAUAGGGGAUGAUAUUGUCACUCAAAGGAUAUCUACUUCGACUGAGAAAGUUCCCAAACAAAUUAAAGCAAGCAGUGAAGACGAGUGUGAAUUAGAUUUAGCUAACUUGAUGCAAACUGUCGGUAAAAUAAAAACCGAGACUGAUACAGUUACGAAAAUUAUUAAAGAAGGUGAAAAUGUAGUUACCCAAACAGUGACUACAGUUACGACUAAGGAAAUUAUUUCAAGGGAAGACGGUACUCCACAGAACAUUAAAACGACUAUAGAAACUACAACUUUGAGUAAGAGUUCCGAUGGUUCUAUUACUACUACAAAAGAUACACAAACACUUCUUUCAGAAUGCUCCUCCAGCCUAAAAUCUACCUCAUUAAUGGAUUUGUAUUCAAAGGAUAGCAAAGUAGACAAAUUCCUAAUUGAUUCAGAACAUGAAAAGACUGAAUCACUCUUGAGUGAUCAUAAAAUGGAAACUAUUAGUUACGAUACCCAAAAGUCUUCCAGUGAAACAAGAGAACUAACUAAAGUGGUAAGUGAUAAAGAUUUUGCUUCAUUCAUGGAUUCUGAAGAUUUCGAAGACAAUAUUGAGGAUACAGUUAUAGACACCGAUGUCAGUAAAAGAAUUAUAAAAGAAGACAAUGUAGACAUAGUUGAAACAGUUACAACAAUAACAAAAAAAGAUACCAUUGGUGUAGACGAUACGAAAAAAAUAUUAAAAACAACUACUGAAACCAAUGUUACCAAAGAAUAUCCUGAUGGAACUAAAAAAGUUCAAAAGAAUGUUGAAGUCCAAUCAGAGGAAAUAGGUUCUGAUGUGAGUACCAGUCUAGAAAAAAUACUCAAUGCGUUUAUUGUGCAUGGGGAGCCUGAAGAAAGUGUUUUUACCAAAAAUGAAGAAAUCGUUACUAAUAACAUCAUCAUUCAGCGGACAAUUAUAACUAAAGUUAUAAAAACAAAGUACGCAGAUUGUCAUGGAAACAUCAAAAAAAUUAAGACUGUGACUAUUGUGACCACAACCGAUCGUUAUCCAGAUAAUUCAUCAGAAACUAAAGUUGAUACCAGUACAACUUUAACAGAUGUUGAAGAGGAUAAUGUUAUCGAAUCUACAGAACUCAUUGAUUACACUAUUGAAGAGAAUAAAACCACAAAUAUUGAUACCAUGCAAAAAUCUGUACUAAUUGAAGGCCAAAAUGUAAAUCAAAAAAUUACAACAACAACCACCAAACAGCUACUCACAACAAAAGAUGGAUCAAAGAAAAAACUUAAAACUACGAUUGAAACGGUUACCGAAUCAACCUACCCUAAUGGAACUAUUGAAGUAACCAGGCAAACACAAGUUUUAAUUUCCGAUUGUGAACCCGAACCAGAAGAUAGUGUACCCGAAGGUUUCGAGAUUGCUGGAGAACCUAAAGAACAAGUUACGGAAGAAACUGAAAUUGUUAAUGAAAAUGGCUUAAACAUUACCAGGAAAACUGUUAUCACCGUACUAAGACAGGAAUUUAUUAAUAUUUCUCGCAAUAUUAAACGAAUACAAACUACAACCAAGACUGUCGUAGAAGAUGAAUACCCUGAUGGAUCCAUUAUUACAAAAACAAGUGAAAAAAUAUCUAUAUCGGAUGAAGCUCUCAAAACUUCUGAACUUGACAUAAAGGACGUAAAAUCUCUUGAAUCUCUUUCAACUACAGAUGAAAGCGCUAGUGAAUGUCUGAUUGAUGAUACAAAUUUGAAAACCUUAUCAGUAGCAGAACCUCCAGAGGAGACUGAAGCUCAUGAAUCGACAAUCGUAGAACAUGACGGUAUAUUUAUAAAACGACAUGUAUUAACGAGAACAAUAAAAACUAAAUAUUCAGAUAGCAACGGAAUUGUAAAAAAAAUCAAAAUAAUUACAAUAAUUACUACAACAGAUACAUAUCCAGAUGGUUCGACUCGCGUGAGUGUCGAUAAACGGCAAACAAUUAACGACAUUGAAAGCGUAGACAUGGUAGAACCUGAAGCGCUACAAAAAUACAGUAAAUUGAUUGAUCGCAAAGUUAACAAAGAUGUUAAACAGAACAUCAUUGUAAAAGAUGGCAAAAAUAUUCCUCAAGAGAUUACUGUAACGACAACGAAAGAAAUUUUAUCUACGGAAGAUGGUAAAUUUUCUAUAGUGAAGACAACAAUAGAAACUAUUACAGAAACCAAAUUGUCAAAUGGAGUCAUUGAAGUUACUAAAGAUGUGCAAGUUUCCGUUUCUCAAAAUGAAGAAGAUUCAUUUGACACAGAUUUGGCUGGUUAUACAGAACAAGGAGAACCCGACGAAAAUACAACAACUGAUGUUGAGGAAGUCUUCGAGGGCGGCAUCAAGAUAAGAAGGAAAAGAACUAUAGUAACAAGUCGUCAAGAGUAUAUAAAUAAUGAAAAGAGAUCUAAAAAGGUAAAGACCACCAUAACUACCACAACAGAAGAUGAGCAUCCCGAUGGCACAGUUAUUAUAAAAAAGAGUGUUAAAGUGUCAGUAGCUGAUUUUCUUAUGAAAGAGAAGACUCUUGAAGACGAAACAAAGUCUUCUGAGACAUAUGAUGAAGAAGGUGAUACUGUUGAAGAUUGUACAGAAGAUUCUUUUGUUAAUAAUGAAAUAAUCAAUAAAGAUGGUAUGGAAAUCAAACGAACUGUCACAACUAAAACUAGACGCGAAGUUUUAGCCAGUGGUGAUAAAGACAUUGAACGAGUGAGAACUACAAUCGAAACUAUUACUGAUGAUGAAUACCCGAAUGGUGUUGUUGAGACUACUAAAGACAUUAAAAUAACAAUUUCGGAGUCUCAAAAGACAUACGACACUGAUUUAAAGGCUGCCCUGCGUGAUUUGAUACCAACUGGUAAAGUGAAAUCUUCAGUUGACAAAAAAGUAAAUGAAAUUUUCACCGAACACGGAAGAAAAGUUAUACAAACUAUAACAACUUAUAUUACUAAAGAGGAAAUGAUCAACAGCGGUCAAAAUCAAACUGCUGUUAAAACCAUCACGGAAACUGUAACAGAAAAUAAAAAGGAAGAUGGUACCGUAGAAGUUACAAAUGAUAUAAGUACCCAGAUAACGUAUCUUCCCCUUGGUACUAGAUUAGAUGAUUGGUCGCCAGAAGAGUUAGAUAAAAUUGAAAAACAAUCAUAUUCUCCCGAUAGUGAAAAUAUAAGUGUAGACAAGGAAGACAAGCCAAUAGUAAGUGACCUAUCUUUAGAAAAGAAAACAGAUUUCCAAUCGGAUACCAAACUUAAAAAACGGUCUCCUGUAGGAGAAAUAACUACAGAAACUGACACAUUCACAAAAGUACUACAUGAGGGCGAUAAUGAAAUCACACAAACAAUUACUGUCGUUACAACCAAAGAAGUGAUAAGCCCUGAAAAAAUAAAGGUAACUGUUGAAACUACAACUGUUAGUAAAGGUAGUGAUGGUAUUACUAAAACUACAAAAUCAACCAAGACAACAAUAUCUGAGAUUAAGGAAGAAUUCGAAGAAAUAAUUGACACUGGUGAAAGUGAAAAAUCGUUUUCGAAACAUUCUUCGAAAACAGGAGAUAUGAGAAGUUCAUCCGCUGCUAGUGACGAUUUAGACCAUCCUGGAAUAUCAUCUCCACCAUCAGAUAUAAGUUCGAGGGAAUCACGAGCUGCUACACACAUUUGGGGUACUGAGAGUAGUGGAAUGUAUUACAGUGACGAAGAUGGUCAAGUUAGUCCAAGCAGUACCAAGUCACAGGUGGCACAGUCUCCGAGAUCAAAUUUGAGCUUUGAAAUGGAUACUAAAUCGCAUCAACAACAAGAAUCCACUUUUGAUAUGCCAGGAGAUAGAAUGCAGUUUGAUCCCAUGUCAACUUCAAUUUAUGGGCAACUGCCCGACGACGACUCUUGUACUUAUUCCGCACAUUCCGAUGAUAAGACUGAACUACAUGUAAUGGAAAAAUCAAUAAUAAAAACUACGAAAGAAUUUUUGACUGAAGAACUAAAGGACUCUGAAAGAGCAAAAUACUCUGACGCUUCCUUUUUAGAAGAAGCCGACGAACACUUUGAAAAAGCUAUUGAAGAACAUAAAAAAGUUAGUGGAUCUGAAGUUAUGACAAGUGUAACUGGCAAAUAUAAACUUGACCAAAAAGAAACCAAAAAAGAAGACAGCUCUUUAAUGCUCAAAGAAAUAAAAACUGACGCUAAGAAGACAACAACAACCUCGUCAUCGAAGAGUACAGAAACAAAAUCGGAAACAUCUGAAAGAAAGGAGAGCGGUGCUUCUUCCCGGGAUCCCAUUGAAUCGUGGGGCAAACCACUUGGAUUACCUAGCCCUAUACUUCCACCCAGUCAAACAGAUGGUAAAAGUACACCGAAAAAACAAGUACCAAGCUCAACAGUUGCAAAUAAAAAUAAAAUUAAUCAAGAAAAAAGUAGAGAAGCAAAAAGACUGUCUGAAUCACCUACAAAGAAGAAGAGUCCAACACCCAUAUAUAUGGAUCUGACAUAUGUUCCUCAUCAUGGAAAUUCCUAUUAUUCUGCGAUAGAAUUCUUCAAGCGAGUUCGAGCUAGAUAUUAUGUAUUUUCUGGAACUGAACCCUCUAAGGAGAUUUACAACGCGCUUCUUGAUGCCAAAAAGACGUGGGAAGAUAAAGAUUUAGAAGUUACAAUUAUUCCCACCUACGACACGGAUGUGCUCGGCUAUUGGGUUACCGAAAACGAAGAAGCUCUGGAAAAAUAUAAAAUUGACCUUUCACCGUCCGCAUCCCGCUGCACCAUCAAUCUCCAGGAUCACGAAACUUCGUGUGCGGCUUAUAGGCUCGAGUUCUAG